AUGAAGUUAAAAGAAAGUUUAAAAAUAAAAUACACAUUAUUUUUUUAUAAACUGUAAAAUUCAAAUUAGUGGAACGAUUUUCUUUUGACUUUAAGUUGGAUUUAUAUUUUAUUAACUUUUUUGGAACCUGCAAACAGAUAUGAUACUGUUAUUUUAAUUUGGGCUAGUUUAGGAAAUACUUUAAUUGAAUAAAAUAUAUAUUUUGAUAAUUUUCUUCUGAGCCUUAAUAAUUUAUAUAUUGUUACUUCUUUUGAUUUAUGGCCAGAGAUUAUGCUUGAUAUUCUUAAUAAUUCUAAAUAUUAUUUACUAUAUUUCGUACCUUACAUAUUAACAUUCCUAUUUUUAUUGUAACAUGUACAUGUAGCUGUUGUAUAUGAUGGUUUUAAAAAAUAUAGAUAGCAUUUGUUUAUAACUGAUAGAAUAAAAAGAAGAGUAGCUUUAUUAAAUUGCUUUUAAUGUUUGAUAGAAAAUUAUGAUGAUGACUAAAACAUUUCCAAAGAUAAAUUUAUUGAGUUUUUCACAUUUGUUUUUGCUAAAAAACCAUGGAAUAAAAUAGAUAAUUUAGUUUAUAAAAGAUAAAGCCAUGGCCUAAAUGGGUUAAACUUAGAAAAAGUUUAAGAAUGUAUUCUUAAAAUAAUUGUUUAUGGUUUAUAGGAAUAUUUUUUUGAUUCUUGGAAUAAACUUGAUUUCUUUAUUGUAGCAUCUCAAAUGUUAUGGACAUUUGUAAAUAAAUGA